GCAAUGGAAAGGGACUAUGAUUAAGAUCUAAUAAGUGACAUCUUACGCGAUAUAUUCGUUUAUAAUUUUAUUUUUAGUAAAAAAUACUAGUAAUGCUAUAAACAUUACUAAUAUUCCCUUAAACCACUUCUGGUAAGCUUAAAAUGCUUGUGUUAGAAGUGGUUCACGACAGUAGUCGAAUGGUGGAUUCGAACUCACGACCGACCGAAAACCGGCAGCGAUCACCUAAUGGUGAGAGGCACACUGAACCUAAACGUUAUAUUGGAGAGGUCACGUCUAAUGAAGUCAACGCUCCGUCCCCCUCGUGCUCUAAUCCAAAGUCCCGAAACCUUUUAGCUCGAGCUACGAAACCGUCUUCAGUGCAAAGAAGAUUGCAAUGCAGUGGAUGAUAUUAAUGACAAGCUCAUGGAAACUGUCCAUGCGGUCGGAGCUAAGUUUUGCCCGACCUGCCGCAGAAGAACACAAAAACUCUCCGAUCAAACUCUUAAUCUCAUGGAUGUUAGACGGGAUAUGAAGCCACAGUCUUCAGUAGAUUUGACAGCAUACAGGCAACUGAACAGACAGAUCUCCAAAUGCAUGCGGCGGGACUUACGCAACGUUAAUACUGCUCAUAUUGAAGAAGCGAUCAAGCGGAAACAGGGCUCCAAAGCCUUUGUUAGAGAUCUGUCUGCCAGAAAGAGCCAACUGUCGAAGCUGAAGACCGAGUGUGGCAGCGUCGUUUCCGGGACACCUGAGAUUUUGAGUGAGAUUGAGAGGUUCUAUGGAUAGCUGUACACAUCAUCGUUGGAGCCACACGUAAGUGUGAGUAACGAUCUAAGAGCGAGUCUUAUCCGACACUAUUCCGAUGAUAUCCCGGACGUCAGUCUGAGCGAGAUUAGAAUAGCUCUCCUGCACCUUAAAAACGACAAGGCCACAGGCGAGGAUAGAUUUACAGCAGAGCUUCUGAAAGCGGGUGGAAAACCGGUACUUGAAGUCCUUCAGAAGCUCACUAAUUCUGUCCUCAAUGGUGCCACCAUAUCGACGUGCUGAAGUUCUUGUACAGUAGGGCUACGAUGGCUAUCCGAGUACAGAACCAGAGUACGAAACUUAUCCAACUGCAGAGAGGUGUAAGACAGGGUGACGUUAUAUCCCCGAAACUCUUCACCGCUGCAUUGGAAGACGUUUUCAAGCUUCUGAACUGGAAAGGAUACGGUAUUAACAUCAAUGGCAAGUACAUCACUCACCUUCGAUUUGCCGACGAUAUAGUCCUUAUGGCUGAAUCGCUGGAGGACCUAAGCACUAUGCUCAAUGCCCUCAAUAGUGUUUCCCAACGGAUAGGUCUUAAGAUGAACAUGGACAAAACAAAGAUCAUGUUUAAUGUCCAUGUCACAUCUAUGCCGGUAGUUGUUAGGAGCACUAAGCUCGAAGUUGUUGAAGAGUAUGUUUACCUGGGACAAAUAGUCCGACUAGGUAAGUCCAACUUCGACCGAGAGAUCAAUCGGCGGAUUCAACUCGGUUGGGCAGCGUUCGGGAAAUUACGGCACAUCUUCUCGUCAGGUAUACCUCAAAACUUGAAAACGAGACUGUACAACCAGUGCGUGUUGCCAGUGAUGACCUAUGGAACUGAGACGUGGUCCGUCACUGCUGGCCGUAUGAGGAAGCUCAAGGUCGCUCAGCGAGCUAUGGAGAGGGCUAUGCUCGGAGUUUCUCUGCGUGAUAAACUUAGAAAUGAGGAUAUCCGCAAUAGAACCAGAGUGACCGACAUAGCCCAACGGAUUAGUAAGCUGAAGUUGCAAUGGGGCCGGCCAUAUAGCUCGAAGAACCGACAACCGAUGGGGAAAAAAUGUUCUCGAGUGGCGGACCAAGUGUAGGGUGCCCCCCACCCUCCCACUAGAUGGAGUGACGACCUGGUAAGAUAUGCAGGAAAUCGAUGGAUGCAGGUGGCUCAGGACCGUGCUUUGUGGCAUUCCUUGGGGGAGGCCUAAGUUCAGCAGUAGACUUGUGAAGGGCUGUAAUGAUGAUGAUGAUGAGAUAGCGACGACCAUCCACAUGUUUACGGGUGCAUCUGUAGAUCCCAUAGUGGUAAUGCCGAAACAGACCUAUUUAUCGACCACGUCCAAAUGGCGACAGAUUCCUUGCUACAGCAGAUCCCAUCCGCAGAGAUUGUGAUACUCGGCGAUUGUAACGCCCACCACGCCGAAUGGCUCGUUUCAUGUUUAACUUAUCAUGCGGGGAGAUCUGUUCAUGAUUUUGCCAUGGCAUAUGGUCUGACACAACUGGUAACUUCGCCUACGCGGAUUCCAGAUGUGGAACAUCAUGCACCUUCCCUGUUGGACCUUCUGCUGACCUCUCAUUCAGAUAGAUAUCAGGUCUCAGUCCACUCCCCUCUUGGCUCCUCAGAUCAUUGUCGAGUCCAGAGUGUGGUGCCACUCACACUAACAUCGCGAUUGCAUUCUGCAGUUUGGCUAUAAAAGCGACCGCUCAGACCCAUCUAGCUAUGCCCAUCGCCAUCACCUUGUUCUUCAAAAUAAUGGAAUCCAUUAUAAGCUGCCAACUCAUGCGGUCUUGAGGAUCACCAGCUGAUUAGUGACCGCUAAUACGGUCUUCGUCGGGGUCGGUCAGCUGGUGAUCUUCUGGUCUACUUGACUCAUAAAUGGGCGGAGGCAUAAGAGUCCAAGUGUAGAGGCAUUGGCCGUUAGUUUGGACAUUGCGAAGGCCUUUCGAUCGGGUUUGGCACAAAGCACUUCUGUCGGAGGUCUCUUUCUAUGGGCUUCCCGAGAAAUUGUGCAACUGAAUCACCAGGUUUCUUGCAGAUCGGAGCAUCUCCACAGUUUCAAGGCACUCCCCUCGUUGCCUCAGCCAGUAUCGGAAUCCUCGGCGUCGUCAUAUCUAGUGACGUGCAAGUUUCGUGAUCACUUGGAAGAGAAGGCCAAAUUGGCCUCUAAAACGCUUUGCGUGCUCAGCAGAGCGGGACAAUAAAUCAUGCCGGCACACCGCCUGCAACUUUACAAGGCGUAGGUUCGGCCUCACAUGGAAUACUGUUCCCAUCACUGGGCUGGGGCUCCCCAGGGCUUUAUUAAAAAAUAUAAAGCUGUUUUUGGUACCAACAGUAUGGUUUUCUUUAAGAAAUCUCUUCCUGAUAAAACAGUAUCUAACGCCUAUGGCCAGCCACGCCACGCCCUCGCGACGCCGCCGCCGCCGAGAAAGUAUUCAGGCCACGCCGUUGCCGUGGAAUUGGCGUUCGGCGCUCAUAUCUACAACCCUUAGGACUAAGAAGAAUGUCUUGUUUCCAGUAAAAACAGUCUAUUCUUUCUAGUUCCUUGAAGUCGGCUUUCACAUUUUUAUUUUUUAUUUAGUCUAAUCUUUUCAAAACCACAUCAAGAAUUACUACAGUAAUAUCUAAUAUUGCCGACGAGAUAACUAUCUCUUACCUGGACAGUGAGCACACUAUGAUGCAGGAAUGUUUCAUUACAUUAAAAGAGUUUGGACCUCCUUCUCAGUGGCCAAUUAUGAUUACAAAUGCAAAAUCAGAUCUAGCAGGACUUAUUGUAAAUGUUAUUAAUUAAUUUCACAUUACUAGGUAGGUUGGACUCCUUUUCUAUCUAUCUGUUAGUCCGUCUAGGUAGGCAUUAUACUUCUUAUCUAUUUCUACCGCCAAAUAACGGUGCUUGCAUUACGGUGUUCCGGUAUGAAGGGUAAGAGCCAGUAUAAUGAGGUCAUCUACGACUUUUUCUGCCAUCAGUGUGGCGCCACUAGAAAGUGAGGUAUAAUACUUAUUUGACAGAUUUCAUAGUGGGGAAGUUAAUUUGUUCGGAAAAUGUGAAAGUUAUUGUUUCUUUUUGCAUUAUUAGCUAUAUUUUAUAUUAAUAACAUUAAAAAUAAAUAAACCAAUCAACAGAUAUUCAAAAAAGUAGAUAAACUAAAAAAGUUAAAAAUGUGCAAAAAAUUAAAGAACAAACCACUGACGCAUUGUUUUAUGUAUUAAUAUAAUACUUUAGAAACAGAUAAUUUUUUUUUAAAAAACAACUUCUCAAUUCAAUUACAUUGUGUAAAAAAAAAACUUUACCUCAGUGUCAACUAGCGACAUCUGGUGAGCAGAAAAUUAUUAGCCGUCAUUACGGACUUUGAGGCAAUCCACGUUAGUCCUCAGUGGUGACAAAAUUCUUUAAGUAUGAGUGUACUCAAUCCGGAGAUAUUCCACAAAACCAGACUCCGAUAUAUUUAUAAUAAACCUACGAUUAAAUUACAUUUAAGUAUUUUAAUCUCCAAAAUAUCUUUUUUAGAAAACUAUACCUGACCGCUACCAUAAAGUUAAUUGUCCAAACCAACAAGACGGAUGCAGAUUACGAAUUCGUUCAACUGAGUUGGAAAAUCAUUUACAAGAAUGUCCUUUUAAUGAGAUGGCUUGUCCGUUAACCGAGCUUUUUGGACGAUGCUUCUGGAGAGGUAAAAUAAAUCAAUUGGACAGUCACUUUGCCGACGUCCAUCCUGAACAUCAACAAGCUGCUGUAGACAAAGAAUUGAUAGUCCAGAGUACGGAAAAUGAUUACAGAAUUGUUCAUUUAGUUCUGAUCGGAAACUUUCACUUUUUAUUUCAUAUAAAAAUCGAUACUUCUGAACAAAUGUUAUACAUGUCUACUCAGCUUUUGGGUACCGGGUCUAGUGCUGCCAAGUGGAACUACGAAAUCCACAUUUACAACAAAAAACAACCAAGGAGAAAAUAUCAGUAUUUAGAUGUGUGCCUGUCAAAUGGUACUUCAAUUGACGAGAUAUUUAGGACGAAUAAAUGUGCAGUCCUUCCUCUAGCAUACGUUACUACCUUUGAAAAUAAUGGUGCUAUCACUUAUAAAUUUUAUAUAAAAAAGCGAAUUGAUGAAUAACAAAACAUUAAUAAUAAGAUCAGAAGUAGUUAACAAAUUUAUUACCAAAUUAAGAAAUUAAGUUAUAAACAAUGUGAUUAUUAAUAUUCAUAAUUUAUAAAAAAUAAUUAAUUUCUUUAUUUAAUAACAACACAUUGCAAUAACCAAGUUAUAGUCCCGACUCUUUCUCUUUAACAUUGUACACAUAAUAUGUAUAUCAUACAUUGUGAUUUAUGAUAGUAGUAUAUAAAUAAAUAAAUACAUAAGACACCCAUAAGUUAAUAAUAUAUUAUUGUCUUGUAUCGUUAUCUCAUUCUAAAACUUUCAUCCAAAAUUUGCAAUAAAAAGUUAUUUCGUUUAUAGGUAAGAAAAUAAUAUUUUUAAUAAAUUAUAAAUAAGUAUAGUAAAAAAACUAAAAAACUUUUUAACUAUUUUCAUUAUAGAUGUUUUCUUAUCAUUAUCAUAUCAUUAUUCUACCUUUUCUUCAUGUUUAUUGAUUUAAAUAGUUUUAUGCUAUGAAACUUUCUGCGAAGGACUGUCAUUUACAUUAUUUGUUUCUAUGUAACAUAACCCAAAAACCAUCUCAGAAAUAAGAGCAGGCCUGUGACCAGCAACGAGAGAACGGAGAUAGUACGCUCAACCUAACUUUGAACGGAUUUUUUCACGAUCGAGGCCUCAUCCUUGACCUCCACCUACACACUGAAUUCCCACCAGAGUCCUUCACCCGAAAACCAAAUUCAGAUUAUAUCACACGCCAGUCCCCCAUAGAUGUUGCUACAAUACAAAUAGAGGUAAAAUUUUGUUGACAAUUACUUAAAAUCGUUAAUUAUAGUUUAUAUUAUUUGGCACACUGAAACGACUGAAUAGGACUUUUCUAAAAUAUUUUAAAUUUAGAAAUGUUUACUCACUUCUAGCUUAUUUAUCUAUUUGUAAUACAUAACAAAAAAAUUACAAUAUUAAGAUUUUUUUCGGUUUGUAACAAUGUUCUUAUCUUAUUGUAUUAUAGUUUAUGUUCCUACGUUUCUUUUAAGUAAUUUUUGUGUUUUUUUGUGAGUUAAUAAUAAAUAAAUAAAUGAUUUACUUUU